UACGUCCUUGGCAGGCACUGAUAUGGUUGUCCGAGUGCCUGUGGAGUACGACAGCUUGCCGUGUGACGCCAGUUGAUGCGAGCACCCGCACUUCGAACAAUGAUGGCUCGGCUAUGUCUAAUUGUUCCUUUCCUUUUUGCUACGGUCACUUCCGCUGGCAAAGCGGAUUCAUGGAUUGAUACUUUUCGGAAGGACCACGUUCGCUUUUAUUUCUUUAAUAAGAACACCUCUCAACCUGAUGGCUAUCAGAUAUCAAAGGAUUUUCAGACGGAGGAUAUAUUAGCUUCAGGAUUUAAGCCGGAAUACCCUUCAAAGGUAAUUAUUCCUGGUUGGAACAGUCGUGUUACUAACCCUUUGAUACAGCAACUGAAAAAUGCUUACAUUGACAACAAUGGAGGAACGGAUCUUAACGUCAUUAUAGUAGACUGGAGUGACCUGAGCUACUUCGGCUUUGGAAACAUAAACGGAGUGGGAAAGCGAAGUGCUGAGCUACUAGAUUUUAUGGUGGGAACCGGCUUAUUGAACGUGGAGCACGUGCAUAUCAUCGGGAUGAGCGAGUCUGCGCACAUAGCGGGCGUCACGGGCGAGUUCAUCAGCAGCGGCCGUGUGGCUCGCAUCACAGGUUUGGACCCAUCCCGACCAUUUAUUGACAUGACGAAGAAACAAGGUCGCCUGUCUGUUGACGACGCAGACCUAGUAGACGUGGUGCACACAAACGCUGGCACACUGGGCGAACAGUCUGCCGUCGGCCACAUCGACUUUUAUCCGAAUGGCGGCAAGAAACAGCCUGGCUGCGAGAACGAGUUUAUAGGGUCGUGUUCGCAUGAACGCGCAGUCCUCUUAUUUGUUGAAUCGAUCAACAGCCCUCAUGCAUUUCAAGCUUGGCGAUGUGAGAAUGAAUGGGCAGCUUUGCACGACCGCUGCCAAAUCAGCGAUACUCUUGCUACUAUGGGCGAGCACCUUAGCUACAGGGUUAACGGUUCGUACCUCCUCAAAACUACUGGGUCCAGUCCGUUCGAACGAUGAAGCCGCAUCAGUUUGGCCACCAGAACUCUGCAAUCGUGGUGAUCAUUAAGACUUUGGAAAGACGUUUAGUUUCAGAAUGAAGCACUCCUCAACCAACACUCAACAGAAAGGGAUAUAAAAAGAGAAGUUUGUGUAUAACAUUUUAUAUUGCUGCGAUGACUUAAGUCAUCUUGAAACUACAAAAUUAACAUUUAAGUCCGUACUCAUUUGUGUCUUCGUCCUGGCAUGUACACAUACAUGUUUUAGAAACAGUAAUUUUAUCGACUUCUGAAAUACAUUAAAUGUUUUUUGCAUCCACAAAAA